CAAAUAUAUACGGAUAAGUAUACUUCUAUUCUUCUAUUUUCUAAGCUAAAAUGAUGGAUUAUGAUUCUAAACAACUAAUAGAUGAUAUAAUUAAAGAAGCAGGUUGGAAAACAAAUUAUGCCUUUCCUGUUGCAUCGAAAGAGAAUGCCUAUCUUAUAAAUUUAUUGAUUGAUGUUAAAAUAAAAUGUAAAGUUUUGGAUGAUGAGAUUGAGCAGUAUCGCUCUAAAAAUGAUAAACUCAAAACACACUUAUCAAUGGUGAAACAAGAACAAUCAAUAACAGAAUCACUUUUAGCACAACGUCAAAAAGAAAUUGAUGCAAAAAAACAUGAAAUUUGUUUAAUUGAAAGAGAAACUGGUCAGCUAAAAUUGUUUCUGUCUAAUAUUGCAAAGCAAAGGAAAGAGAUCGCUAAUAGAACUGACCACUUCGAGAAUUUAAUUUUUGCAAAGAAUAAUGAAUUGAACACGAUUAAGUCAAAAAUGCUUAUUGAUGAUCAGUUAAUUGAAAGUUAUUUAAGUGAAUGUGAAAAUAAUGUAAAAGUUCGUGAAAGGCUUCAAUAUAUUCAAAAGAAAGAUGACUCUAAAUUAGCUGCAUUGAACAGUGAAGCAAAUAAACUCAGUUCUAAAUGUUGUGAAGCACAAAAGAAGUUAGAUGUAGCUGUGAUGAAAACCAAUUUAAUCAAUCAUAAAGUUGAUGCCGCCUCUGAGAGAUGUCGAGAAGAAAAUGAAGCUAGACGAGAAUUAUUAAGAAUUUGGGAAUCAUGUGUUAAACAAAUGGCUAAACGUGAUGAAGAUUUUGUAGAGCUUAAUAAGCAAUAUAAUGAAAUGCUGACAAAUGUAGGUCAAAGUAAAGCAAAAGUUGAGGAAUUGAAAAAAAUGCUCCAUAAUGUUAUUGAUGAUAUUAAAUCUGUUGAAUUAGCCAGUGAAGAAACAAAUAAAGAAAUUACAUCUACAAGAGAACAAUUAUUAAAAACAGUUGAUAAUACAAGUUUAUUAGAGAGUGAUCUCGAAACUCUACAAAAAACACUUGAAAGAACUGAACGAGAUUAUCGUAUAAAGUUAGCGGAAACUAAACAAUUAAAAAUAUCAACUGAAGAAAACAACAAACGUCUUCAGAAACUAUUGGAUGAUAUUAAAAAUUCAGAAAGUCGUUUAAAUGAAAUCACUGAUAAACGUAUUACAGCUGAACGUUUAGCUAAGAUAGCUGAUGAAAAUUUACAAAAUCAAGAGAAGUGUAAGAAAGAAGCAUUGAAUUAUCAUGAAAAAUUGAAAGUUUUGAUGUUUAAAACAAAUGAGGAUCUGCAUGCUAUCAAAAAUGAAGGCAUCAUUCUAGAAUCACAUGUAUCUGGAGCAAGAAAUACUUUACGUGGACUUGAUAAGAAAACACGUGAACGUGAAACUGAUCUAAUCAAAUUAGAUGAAUUGAUCUACAAGGCUGUACUAUUUGCUCAGAGAUUAGAACAAAAAAUUGAUACAAUUGAACGUGAUCCAUUAGCUGCACAAGAAGAAGCUAAUAGUAAGGAGGAAAUUAUACGCAGAUUACGUAAUGAAUUGGAUGAAAGAAAUAGAUCAUGUCAUACGCUUACUACAAUGAUUAGACAAUUUCAAAAUGAAAAACGUAUUUGUCAAAUGAAAUGUGAUAAAAUACAAUCACAAUUAAAUACUGUUGAAAAUUUAUUGAAUACAACACAUUUAACAGUGAAAAACACACUGAUUGCAUUGAAAAAAGUUGAAGCAGAGAAACAAGAACUUUUAGUUACACUUAAUUUAAACAAAUUUCAGGUUCGUCGAAUGGACAAUAAACUGAAAAUGUUAAGAGAUUCAAUUAUGAAUUCAGAAACUCGACAAUUACAAAUGGAUGCUUUAGAAAGAGAAGUUGAAGCAGAAAUAAACAUGCGGAAGACAAAUUUACUAUCAGAAUUACAUUUACUCAAGGUGAACUUAGAAGAAAUACGCAAAGACUUUAAUAAACGUCAAGCCCGUUUAUGUCACGUAAAAUCAAGAUAUGAAGUCACACUGAUUACAAUGGAUAAAAAUGCGGAAAAUGAAAUAGACACUAGGAUGAGAUAUAUUUUAGAGGCAUUAAGUCAACGUCAAGAAUUAAGACAAAAAGGCGACGAAUUAGACAUUGUAGUUCGUACAGCUGAAGAAGAAUUAAGAGCACUGGAGAAUACAGUGCUAGUUAUGAAUUCAUUGAAUGAAAUGGCAAGAAUAGCCUUACCUAAAAACGUUCCUGAAGAAUCGAUGAUUGAAGAAGAAGUAAAAUUAAAAGAAUUAUUAAAACAAGCUGAAACUCAAUGGCAACAAAUACGUGAAGAACGAAGAAAGCGACGCGCAGCCAUAAUGAAUCUUGAAUUACAAAGACAAGAAACAAAUGAAUCAUUGAAUCUUUCAACUGAACGUGUACGCAGUGCAUCAGCAUAUAUAGAGAAAGUAUUAAAAUCUCUAUCAGAUAUUCAAGAGAAAAAUAAACGUUCUAAAAAACGUUAUCAUAAAGCAAUUCAAAGUUUAGGUAAACCCACACCAGAAAUUCGUUUAGAUGUUGAUGUUCGCCUAUGGCGUGAUUAUAAUCGGGCUAUAUUAUUACUAUAUGAACGUUGCUUGAGAAAUUCAUCUGAAAUAAAUGAUGAAAUAUUGAAUUUUGAAAGAUCGAUAACUGAAUCAUUGAAUUUUCCACGUGAAAGUAUUAAAGGCCAUCGUUCUACUAUAUCACGAAAUGAAGAAAAUGGUAGUGAAACAGACCGAAGUCGAAAAUCAUCUCAUUCUGAAAGUCUGUCAUUACCAAUAACUAAUAUUGGAGAGAGCUUUGAUCUACACCAAUCACCUGAUACAAACAAAUCAUCAAUACGACAGACAUCAUCUCGAUCAUUUCGUACUGAUUCUAAUUAUGAUACAUUCAGUUCACAUGGAAGUUCUGAUAUUUUACCAGAAAAAGACAAAUAA